AAACCUUGAACAGUUGCACAAAUCAAUGAAAUAUGAGGUCAAUUGGGUUUCUUUUUUUUGGGUUGCUUUUAGCACACACCAAAUCGAGCAUAAUUGAGUUGUACAAUGCAGAAAACAUAAUUGAAAAUGUUAACUCAGCAAAUAGAUCAUGGACAGCUGGGCACAAUUUUCCCAAAAAAGUUUAUCUUUCAUACAUUAAAAAUAUGUUAGGAGCAACGUUUGAGACAAAUGGACUUAUAUACACAAAAGAAAGGUUGAACAUUUCUAGUUCAAAAAUACCUGAGCAUUUUGAUGCGAGGGAAAAAUGGCAAAAUUGCCGUUCAAUCGGUCACAUUCGAGAUCAGGGAAAUUGCGGAUCAUGUUGGGCAGUAUCAGCAGCUUCAGUUUUGUCAGAUAGAUUUUGCAUCGCAACCAAAGGAAAAAUGAACCAUCCUCUUUCUUCUGCUGACUUGUUGUCUUGUUGCAGCUUCUGCGGCAAUGGCUGCAAUGGUGGAAAUCCACUCAAGGCUUGGCAAUAUUUGAGUAAGAAAGGGGUAAGAACUGGAGGUGAUUAUCAUUCCCACGUGGGGUGUCGACCUUAUGAAAUCAAACCAUGCCGACAUUAUGUUGAAGGAACAAGACAAAAAUGUGAUUUACUCCACAGAGCAAAAACGCCACCUUGCCGAAACUGCACUAAUCUGAAUUACAAGAAACCUAAGGCACUGAGUGGAGACUAUGCAAAAGCCAAGUCAUACAAAGUAAUCAAAGAUGUGGAAGAAAUUCAAAAAGAAAUAUUGACAAAUGGCCCAGUGCAAGCUGCAUUUAAAGUUUACGAUGAUUUUCCAGUUUAUAAGUCAGGUGUUUACCAGAAAACAAGCGAGAAAGUUUUAGCCGGACAUGGAGUCAAAAUAAUUGGCUGGGGCAAAGAAAAUGGCUUACCUUACUGGUUAAUUGCCAAUUCGUGGAACACUGACUGGGGCGACAAAGGCCUUUUCAAGAUAGCUCGAGGGCAAAACGAAUGUAAAAUUGAAAGUUUAGUUAUUGCCGGUGUUCCAGAUGUUUGAAUAAUUUGACACUUAAUACAUCAGUAAUUAUUUAUUUACAAAAUUUUCCAUAAUAUAAUGCUGAAAAUAAAUAUUCAUUUUACAUA